AUGGUUGCAAUCGACCCAGCACACGCUUUUGAAGCCACGACAUCUGCGUUUUAUGUAUUUGGUUUGGCCGGCGACAUCGGAAUGGAAUUGGCAAAAGGCGGUGUCCUCUCUGCUUACAAUUCAUUUUCAACGGAUUCCAGAUUGGUAUUCGAUUCCUCGAUUUUACGUCGGGUUCCACUUUUAUACCAUCGAUUCUGUCAAUCGAUUUUCAUUUCUAUUGGAUUCCUCGAUAGCACCGUCAAUUGCAGUCGGGUGGAUUUCGCCGUUGAUCGCAGCCAGGUGGAUUUCAUGGUUGUUCCGUUGGAUUUAUGGGUUGAUCGCUUCCUCGAUUUUGCGUUAUCUCCCGCUUCUUCUGUUCGUUGUGAUAAGGACAUUACAUGUUCCAGAAAGAUGGUUAGGAAAGAGAAAAAUGGAGGAAUCAAAGCAACCAACCACCUCUGAUUUCAAAUUCACAGGUAAAUAAAGGCAAAAACUUUUGUAAGUGUCGUGAUUUUAGGUCGCCCUUUUGCCAUUUUUUAACCAAUUAUGGUUUCGUAAGUUAAAUUUGAGUGUUUGAUGCUUGCUUGGUUCAGUUAGGAAUCUUGUUUAGGUGGCAUUAUGCUAUGGUGUUUAUUUUUGUUUUUAUUUUGAUUUUAAUCUCAAUUUGAUUAUCGUUUUGUGCAUAUAAAAUUUACUGGUUUAUUGUUUCUUUGACUUUUAGGUGGUGUUUGUUUUUUGUCUG